GUUGAAGCAGAGCUAACCUCGUUGCCAGUUCAUGUAUCACUGCAAUGUCGUGAGCUUUGGGACAAAUUCAGCAGCAUCGGCACAGAGAUGCUCAUCACUAAAUCCGGCAGGCGGAUGUUUCCCAGCUGCAAAGUAACAGUGACGGGCCUGAAUCCUAAAGUUAAGUAUAUGGUGAUAAUGGACAUGGUGCCGUUUGACAACCACAAGUACAAGUGGAAUAAGGAUCAGUGGGAAGUAAAUGGUUCAGCUGAUCCACACCUGCCCAACCGCUUCUUCAUCCACCCAGACUCUCCUGCUUCUGGAGAGAAAUGGAUGCAGUAUCCAAUCUCCUUCCACAAACUCAAACUGACCAACAACACACUCAACUGCAGUGGCCUGGUGGUUCUUCACUCCAUGCACAAAUACCAGCCCCGUCUACAUAUAGUCCAGUCUCCAGACCCCAGUAGCCCCCACAUGCAUGGUGGUUACCUGCGUUUUACCUUUCCCGAAGCUGCCUUUAUAGCCGUCACAGCUUACCAGAACCAGGAGAUCACAAAACUCAAGAUUGACAACAACCCCUUUGCCAAAGGCUUUCGAGACAGUGGACUGAACAGGAAAAGAUUUAGAGACAAAGAGACCUAUGAUUCAGACCAACAGGUCAAACAGAAUUUGACACAGAAUGAGCAAGUGGGACGACUGCAGGAAGAUGAGCAUGCGGAUGGGACUGUGUCCAGUUCUGUGGACCACAGCAGUUCAGCGAAUUCAACAGACAGCGCUUCUUCGGAUUACAUGACCAAUCCGUUUAUAUCAGCAUUCAUAAACCCGAGCGCUGGUGGAGUACCUUCACCCCAUCAAACACACACCAUUCUCAAUCUCGGUAACAUAAACCUGAACAGUCCCAAUGAGGUCAGACCCUCCAUCCUCCACAAUCUCUGUACAGCUCCACCCAUGUCUCAAAGUUCCCCUACGGUAGAGAUGAACCUCCUCAACAGACUGCCACCUCACAUCAGCAGCCCUCUAAUCCCUCAGCAUCAUCACCACAGUCCGAUCUCUCAAACCCCAUGCCGAUCCAUAAUCAAUCCCAUACAAACUAAGAAUCCCCAGCCUUAUUUCGGGACCCCUCCCCAUCACUCCCGGCAAUGUCCUGACAUGGACCUGCCCCUCUCACUACCUCCCAAACUCAGUCGGAUGCAACUACCUGAAAGUGCUCUCAAGAACCUGGAGAUGACGGCGUCUCCCAACUUUGUUCAUUUGAGGCCUCUUACCAACAUUCUUAACAGGAUCCAGGCACAAGCAUUGUCCUCAGGAACCUCUGAAAAUGUCCUGCAAAAUCUCUCCCAACACGAGCAAUACCUCAGGGAGACAGAAAGAGAGCCCAAUCCACAGAUUUAUCCAGACGUUCACGAGCAUAUCGGUCAACAGUUUGCAUUAAACAGCAUGCUGGUACAGCAAGCAAGAGACCGUCAGAAUGAGCACAGAUCACAGAUUGACUAUCCUAAUGCAAGACCAUUUGUUGACUACUACUGUAACCAAAAUACUGCCAAGUGAAGGUUUUUCUAUUUCUUGGUUACUUAUUUCAAAAGAGACCAGAAACCCAACGUAUGUAAAUAUUCUUUUUU